ACCAAGAACAAAAACUGUGAGAGCUGAAUCCUAUUAAUAAAUCUCCCAUUACGUACCCGAAAAGUUAAGUCACCUGUGUCAUGGAAGAUUUCAGCUUUCUCGUUUUUUUACUCUUUUGUUUAUGGUUGAGAUUUCUUCUUCAGCCAGCUUCCAUGCCAUAAAGUGGUGGUUGCCUUCAACCCCAACGUGUCACCGACGCACCCGUGUCGGCGACGACACCUCAGACCCACCCACCCACCCACCACCCACAAACCGACACCACCUCUCCCUCUCCUUUUUUUGUACAUUUAAAAAAGAAAAAAAUGAAGGGUGAAAACAAAGAUAUAUUCAGAACCUCCAUAUUUCUCUCUCCACCGCCCACUUCUGGCUUCUCCCUUUUCGCUACUUAUCUUUCUCUCCUUCCGCCUCCCUCACAUUUCUCUCUCUUUCUCCUCGUUUUCCUUUUUUUUUUCUCUCUCUCUCUCUGAUCUCUCUCUGCGUCCCUACGCCACCGCUUUUUCCGGCCGAGAAGAAACACCGCCGCAAUGGGUCGCUUCUUCUCCUGCUUGACCAGAGGCGGCUCUGCCACCAGCAAGACUAAGGACUCUUCCGAAGGAGACCACUCCGCGGGGGCCGAUGAGGGAGGGGCAGUGGCGGCGGCGGCGGUGGUGGUGGAGCUGUUCUCGUCGCAGGGGUGCGCGACGUCGCCGGAGGCGGAGCUGCUGAUUUCUAGGCUAGGGAGGGGGGAUUUUGGGCUGGGCCGGCCGGUUAUGGUGUUGGCGUACCAUGUGGACUACUGGGACCAUAUGGGCUGGAAGGACCCAUUUGGGUCGAGCCAGUGGACCGUGCGGCAAAAGGCCUAUGUUGAGGCCCUAAAGCUUGACACCUUGUUCACUCCCCAGGUUGUGGUCCAGGGGAAGGCCCACUGCGUUGGGAAUGACGAGGAGGCUUUGCUCUCAUCCAUUGGAGCUGCACCUCCAAUCCCUGCUCCUACCCUCCAGGCAACCUUCCAAAGGCCUUCACCGGACACCUUACGAGUCUCCAUAACAGGUGCUCUAAGGACAAAGGUGGACAGUAAUGGUGCUGAUGUCCUGGUGGCUCUGUAUGAGAAUGGGCUGAUGACCGACUGCCCAAAGGGAGAGAACAAAGGCCGUGUCCUAUCCAAUGACUUUGUAGUUCGGAGACUUGAGAAGCUCUGCACUGUUAAAGACAUCUCUGCCAAGAAGACGGUAACUGGAACUGUUAACCUCACUCUGUGGGAUAGUUUCAAUAGCAGCAAAUGUGGCAUUGCUGUCUUUGUCCAAAACAAGUCUUAUCAUAUUUUUGGUUCUCAGAACUUUGAACUGCCUGAUAAUCUAUAGAAGGUUGAAUGGCUGAUCUUUUAUUCACCGUCAUAUUCCAGCUCCUUGACUAUGUACAGGGGACAUGUUCUGUUCUAGAGUCUCGACUUUGUUGUUUGUCUACCUAUUUCAUAUUUUAGGAGGUCGAGAGAGGGAGAGAAUUCACAUUCAUGUAUGAAGUUCCAUUUCUGAUUUGGACCUGAAUGUUUAUCUGAAUUUCUAUUUUGGUGUGAGACUAGUAAAUGCUUUGGCUUUGAGCUA